UCGUGCAAAAAUAAUAUUAAUAGCUGUCAUUGCUUUUGUCAAAUUUGUAGUUAUAAAAAUUUUACUUUAAAUUUGUAUCAAAAUAAGAACGCAAAAUGAGUAGUGAUGACAAUAAUAAAGUCAAGGGACACAUAUCAAAAUGCAAAAUAAUUCAGAAAACCAAGGAAGAAAUUUUGAAAACAAACCCCAAAAACAGCAAAGAACAAUUUUUGGCCAAACAUGAAGAGUGUUUAUCAAAUACUAUUAAUAAACAAAUAGAAGUAUGUAACCAACUUUCAAAGUCCCCCGACCAAAAUAAAACAAUUCAAGAAAAUAAAAAGAUUUGUCCAGUAGUUACAUCCGGUAAGAAAUUUUCAGUAAGGCAACCCCAACUGCCUGACGUUAUAACAUCGGAUCACCUGCUUGGAUUUAUUGAAUUUCCAAAUUUGGGACCGAAACAUGCGAAAAUUUUUGCUAGUUUCCUGCCUAGCAUUGGCUUAUUCACUUUGGCUGCAACUCUUUGCACCGUGUAUGUUUGUGAAUGGAAAGACGUUUUACAAUUUUUACCCUAUUACAGCGGAAAAUAUAAAACUGAUGAAGAAUAACUUACUGAAUUACUUGAAAAUAAAUGAUAUAGUGCAAUAUUGUGACUAUUCUGGUAUUUUGGUUGAAUAUAAUAUAAAAAAUUAAUAUAAUUGGCCUUCAUA